GUGUAUCUUCUCUUUCACAACAGCCUGCAAGAGCGUUCACUGAGCUAAUCUUCAUCUUCAGUUUGCUCUUCAAAAUGAACGCUUCUGAUGUGAGGCUACUUUACAGGAAGCGUGACCUCAUUCUGCCUCUGUGCCGCUGAUUGCAUGGGCUGUGUUCAAAAGGAAACAGGGGACUACAUAGACCUGCCUUUCCGAAGCCCCAGAGCUAAUCUCUUCCAGGAAGCUGCAGAAGGAGCACCCUCCACUUAACGUCUCAGAGGCUCUUGUGUUGAUGACGAGAAACUUUUUUUGCAUGCAUGUGUUAGUAGUGAAAUGGAUUUUCCAGAUAAUCUGUAUUACCCAUUAUCCCAGGGUGUGUGAAACAGUCCUUUUCAAGAUGUAUGGAGUAUCACACGUUGCAUCGACACCAAGAACAAGUUCAAGAGCGUUUAAUGGAGAACAUAGACACAGCCUCUCACAAUGUGUUUUUCCAAGUUAUGCUUGUGCAUUUUCGGACGAUGACCUUGCCUAUGAGUGUUGUUCCACAAAUACUCCUCCAGGAUCUCUUUCCAUAUGUCGCCGCAGCCCUCGACUGCUUUCUAAUGGUUAUUACAUUUUGACAGAAGACAGUUUUCUGUCCGAUGAAGAGGGCAACAUAACACUGACACCAUCCCAGACAAGUGUUACAUACAAAGAGAAUUUAGUUCGUGUAUUCAGGCGAAGGAAGAAGAUCCGUCACUCUCUUGCCGGCUUUUUCAAUCUCGAUGCCUCUACUUCAUGGCUCAGCAGCACCAUCCCCAGCAACAUAGAUUCCUCCCAUUUAAAUGAUCCUUGUUCUGAUGGAUGCGAUGAACUAGAAGCCAGUCAGAGUGAUAUUGGUGAUUCAGACUUUCCUUCUGAAUCUAACAGCUAUGACAGCCAUUUGCCACAAACUCCAGCAUCUAAUGGAGCCUCUCUCAGCAAAGAUGACAAGUUCCUUCAGCUUGAGAAACCAUCUUGUGCAUCAGAAUCUAGCUCUCCAUUUAUGAUAAAUGUAAAUGAAGAGACUUGGAGCAAUGCAGAUUCCAGGACAGUGCAAAGUGUCCUGUCUCAGAUGGUUGCACUGGUCACGUGUUUAAUCAUUUCAGUAUGUACAAGAUAUUUUUUGGGAGGACUGUCUGCCACUUUGUUGCUGAUACUUUUAGUUUUUCUUUUGUCCAAAGAUGCUGCUGUGUCAUCUUUCUUCAGUCUUGGCAGAUCUUUCAAGACAACAAAGUUUUGCUCUUCAGCAUCAAACUACUGAACACCUCCUUAUGGCCAUCGUUACACAUGUUCCUGUGGAAAAAAAUAACAGAAUUGUUAGUGUUCUUCCUUCAAAAUACAGUUAAUUUUAGCUUUAUUUUUACUUUUAUUCUGCUCAAACUGUGAGUGAGGCCUUAAUUUCUUGGUGCGUAUCUGAAAGCAGUCAUGUGAAACAAUUGCUCUUAUGUCAAUGAAGUUCUAUGCAGGCAUGGGGUCCUACAAGCCCUUUGAUAACAAAUAAAUGGUAAGAAGUGCUUUGUAAUCCACAUUUUUUAUAAAAAUCGAUGUCUUCUCAUACUUUCUGUAUUAAUUCCUUGUAACGACAUGCUGUCAAUGAUAAUAGAUUUAGAUAGUGGGUGAGUACACAUGGUAAUACAUUUUAGAAGCUUUAUUGUAUCUUAUGUGAGCACUGCCUUUUGGCCCUUAUGCUAAGCAUGAAGAAAAGAAAAAAAAGAGGAAGAAAUGUUAUUAGAAGGAAAGCACUCCUCAGAAAAUCGGGAAUCAGGAUGUGGAGAAACAAUGACUAAUCUAAAUUACCUGGAUUCCCGUAUAAAAAUAUGAGACCUGCAGGUAUUAACUUUACUUUUGAAACACUGAGCUCUAAUUUUCAGCUUGGAUCUUUGCUACAGCAGACUAAAUUACACAUAGAACCUGUGGGUAACCAAAAACUGUUAUCUUGUGACUCCAAGCUUUUAACAAUCUGCUUCUUGAAAUGUCUCCCUGUAUGCCAGUUUAGCUAGGACAGCAUGGAUUUCAUCUUCCUGUGCAACAAAAUGAUGGUAAUGUAUGAGGAUGCUAUUGCCCACCUAAUCAUUCUAUAACUAGUGCUGCUUCCAGUCUGCUUGUCCCCUGCUGUGCUAAAAGCCAUGUUAGCAUAGCUCCAGCUGGUAAACCAGACAUGAAAUGCUGCCUGUGGAAGGGUUAGGUGUGCCCAUGGGGUACACUCAGGCUGGCAGGCAUAAUGGCAGGGGUUUGAAAACUCUGCAGCAAAAGCACACAAAUGAAAGGUCCUGGUGAAAGAAACACCACUAUCCAACCAGCUCUGUGUCUAAGCCAAGCUCAAGCAGGUUAUAACUGUAUUUCUAGCAUUGAAAAUCUGAACAAAUCAUGCCAUGAGGAAAAAGGGGACUUGAAAUUAAGUUAAAAUG